AAGGGAGGUAAUAGAUGUUUUUGCCGAAGAAAGAUCUGGGCCAUCACGAUCGCGUGCAAGCGGUGCUGUGGCACAACACCAACAUUUGUCAAGAGGACUUCAGCCGACUGUCUUCUUCAAACAUUCUUAAGUUCAUGCUGGCAGACCACAAUUCAGUCCGCGCAUCUGGAAUAUCAAAGGGGAACUUCAUGAUGUCUAGACUGAGAGGACAGGGACGGCUGUUGGUGCUCAUGGUGGUGGGGAUAGUGGCUGUUUACUUGGCGUAUAGUUUCUUAGGGAGAUCAACUAGAAGAGACAUACGCAUGCCAAAGGAUAGCAGGGUACUAAAAUACCACCAGCUUGCUGGCAAAGUGGAUGUCAGACCUUUGAGCGGCGAGGAUCAUGCCCCUUAUCCACUGCAUAACAUUCCCAUUGAUAUGCCCUUAGCUAGGAAACCACCUGUUGAAGAUCCAGUUGAAGUAAUGCGUGAGGACAACUUUACUGACCAGCCCCCUGAUGAAAGUCCAGAAGACGACAAACACCGUGAGGAGAAUCAAAUUGACGAGCCCGGCACAGAUGAUGAUGAUGAUGAUACUGAUGAUAAUGAAGCACACAAGGAAGACGUUAGACAUCACCGGAAGAAGUUCAGCCCAUUUGUGGCUAGAACUGAAACCAUUCCUUUUGAUCUGUACACUGACCCAAAUCCCAGGUACACAGAAUUCUUUGAUGGCAUGUUUCGCUUGGUUCAUCUGGAUCUGAAAGGUGCACCCCCCAAAAUGAGCUACCUAGAGAAAGUUAUCCCCCUGUUUAGCCAGCUGGGAGCAACAGGCCUUUUGAUAGAGUAUGAGGAUAUGUUCCCUUACUCAAAGAACCUUGAAACAAUUGCUGCGAAGAACGCCUACACUGUUGAAGACAUACAGAAAAUCAACUCACUGGCAAAUGAGAACAACCUGAAAAUCAUUCCACUUGUGCAGACGUUUGGCCACAUGGAGUUUGUUCUGAAAGGCACGACUUACCAGAAUUUGAGAGAAUUUGAGGACAAUCCCCAGGUGGUGAUGCCAACAGAAAAUGCAGGGUUGCUGGUUAUAAAAGCUAUGAUUGAACAGGUGCUUACUCUUCAUCCAAAAGCUAAGUAUUUCCACAUUGGCUGUGAUGAGGUGUAUCAGCUUGGAGAAGGCAAGAGCAAGCAAGUCCUGGAGGAGAAGCACAUGACCAAAGAGGAGCUGUUUUUCUCCCACGUCGGCUCAGUCGCUAAGUUUGUGCGAGAGCACAGCAUCCAGCCUAUCAUGUGGGAUGAUAUGUUCAGAUUUUUAAAUGAAUCAACUUUGCAGAACUCUGGAUUAGGUGACAUGGUUCAACCAAUGAUAUGGCAGUAUGUGCAACAACCUCAAGCCAGACUUCCAGCUGACAUUUGGUCGAAAUAUGGUAAGGUGUUCCGCAAUGUCUGGGUAGCCUCUUCCUUCAAGGGGGCUACGGGCAGUGCUCAGUACAUCACGGAUGCCAGCUACCAUCUGGAGAAUCAUCUCAACUGGGUAGAAAUCAUGAAGAAGUUUGGAGGAGACACUUCAAAACAGUACGUUAACUUUGUAGGGACGGCCUUGACUGGUUGGCAGCGAUAUGAUCACUUUGCAACAUUGUGUGAUCUCUUGCCAGCAGCCAUCCCAUCCUUAGCCGUCUGUCUGCAGACACUAAAACAUGGCUACUUUAAUGAAGCCCUACAUGCAGACAUUUCAAAGAAGCAUCUGAAAUGUGAAAAUACAGUUGAACUUCGCCUGCUGAUUGCUGAAACGGAUAAGAGUUACUGUAAGUUCCCUGGGUAUGAGUUUUUCUACUCUAUCAAAACACUGUAUACUAUUCACAAGAUGAGAUUAGACAGUGAUCGUAUUAAAUUCAGAUUAGAGGGUUGGCUAAGUAAAUACAAUCUUAUACACAACUUCACAAGCCCAGGACAGUACAAAGUCUUUGUGAAAUAUGUUGGGUCACUUCGCAAAGACCUAUUAGAUCUGCGAGUUGAGCUAGGGAAGAUUCUAUCUGGGAUAUAUAAUGAGGCCACAGUGGAGGAGUUUCUAUUGGUUCAAAUUGAUGGUCAAGUGGAUAAACUUGAUGAAUGGUUGAAGCAGUUCAAGUCAUUGAGCAGCAGACGUGUAUGGCCGAGAAGACCCUUGAAAGCCGAUGAACAAGAUGAUGGCGGUGAAAUGCUAAUCUUCAAUAAUCAAGCCAUGGCAGUGCCAAAAGCAAAUGUGAAGGUAGCUCAGCAUGUGCCGAAUAUCUCAGACAGACAAGGUAACAAAGUACCUCCCAAGCUGCCUUCAAAGGGAGGACAACUACGUCUUCCUGAAAACAAGGGAAAUGGUGAAAUGGCAAAAAUCAAUGACGAAAAACAGAGAAAUGCAUUUGGAGACAACAACAUGCUGAUAGGAGUUCCUGAAGGAAGAAAAAGUGUGGAUGGGAAUGGUUUAUCUGAAGGUGAGAAAGACAAACUUCAGCCCCCACUCCCUGGUCAAGGUAAUCCGAUUAAUCCUGGUCAGCAAGCUGAAAUUACGCUAAAACAAAACCAAAAGGCAUUUGAUGCUGCAUUUGGCCCGAGAAGAAAUGCAUUAGAUCAGUCAGGUGGACAGCAAAUACCAGAAAAGCUUGGGAAUCCACAUGGAGGGCAUGCUUUACAGAAUCUAGGUGAAGCUGUACAUCCAGAGUAUCCUAAACGGGGGCAGGAAAAUACAUUACAUGAAAGACCAAAAAACCAGCAGUUUGGUGUUCCGGUUCAGGCAUUUGGACAGAACCAACAGGGUGAUAAUCCAUUAGUUGAUAAAGCUCAUGUGAAAGCCAACGUAGGGGUUGUUAAUAAUAUGGGGGGAGGAGGGAGGGCCAAGUAGUUAACAUGGCUAACCAUGGAAAAGAAGACGAGAGCAAUGAUGGCUUUGGAAGAAAUGGACCACAGAGGAGAGAUUCAAGAAAUUUACAGAGUGUUUUAUUGAAAGAAAUAUUGGUAACGAGCAGUAAAUAUUGAACAGUGGUGGAACUAAAAAUAAGGAUAAACUAAAAAUAUUCUACAGGCUGGAUAUAAUAUCUGGGGCGAUAUACAUACAAGUAGGCAGUUUGGAAGGAAUGAGUAUACCUUUAGUGCCAAGAAUAGAUUCAUUUGAGGUGGGUUAUGUUGAAAAUGACCUUUUUACAUUCCAAACAACAUAACUAUGUCAUCAGUUGAACAUCUCUUGAGGUACAUAUGCACUAGUCUUCAGACGAUGUCUAACAGGUUACAAUGGUGGGAUUUGGAUGAAAUUUUGCCAGCUUGAUCUGUUACUUAAGGUUUUUGUAUUUAAAGUCUGCAUGAAGUGAAGUUUAGAACUUAACAAAUAUUUACGGUAUCAGUGCUUUGCUAACUGUCCAGUUAUUGCGUAGGUAUGGUGGAUAUGCUUUACAAGGUUCUUUCUGUCAAAAGUGGAUGUGCUUUAUACUAGUGUAGGUUUUUUAACACAUAUAUUUGAUACUUGAUAGAUGAACACCUUUGCAAUUAGGGAUGACCCAGUGCUUGUCCCUGGUACUACACUUUUGUGUUCUUGUUGUUCUUUGAAAUCCAUAUGUAUCCUGUAAUUUAAUGAUUGGCCUAUAUCAUAAGUGAGUGGAUGAAGAUAAGAUCAAACUGCAGAAUGUAUAACUUUGUUUCAGUAUGCCUAGCUGUGCUUUUUACAUCCUUAAUUGUGUGCUUACAUAAAUGCUUUUGGCUAUACUACUCACGUCAUUGCCCAUUUAGGUGCAGAUGUUUGAUUAUAUAUUAAUAGGCUAGGGUUUAGUCACUAUAAUGUUUUGAUUCAUUUGUACAAUCAGUGAAAAAAAAAUGACAAGUUAUUUGUAUUAAAAAAAUAUAAAAUUGGAAAAAUAUGUCUAAAGAGCAAAAACAGCAAAUAGUUCACACUUCAAAGUACAGUUGUAUGUCAUAUGCCUGGAUGGAAUGGUAUUUGGGUCUUGCGAAAAGAUUGAUAAGAAAGAUAAUUGACCCACGAAAAAAAUCAGACUGUGGUCUGGCAACAUUUAAGAUGAGAAAACUUAGUGCAUGAAGAGGCUCUUAAGCAAGUGUUAUAGCAAAACUUUAAAGAUGUAAAUUUGUAAGUAAGUUUAUACAUAAUCUUGCAAAUUUUGUCAUGAUGUAUAGAAAUGUGUAAUAUAUAUGAUGGAUUUUGAAUGUUGCCCAAGACCACCCUAAUACCAUGCCUUAAUGCAAUGCCUACAAGUCCUUGACUGAUAUAUGUACACUUGCGUCCAGUGCAGUUUGACACUGUUUUAUAGUUCUGACUGCUGUAAUUCUUUAACCCUUUUGCAUGUUUGCAAGGUGUAUAUUUAAGCAUCUUAUGGGAGCAGUAGCCUGUGUAAACUGAUAAAAUUAUACAUUUUGUAAAUUUUUUUGAAAUCAGCCAACCAAACCAAUGCAGUUUUUCAAAGUAAUAUGAAAAAGGUGCAUAAAGUGCGCUGAAAAUGGUUGUGUAAGAUUUCACUAAGGGAGGUAACUUUUCUCCACCAAAUACAUACGUAUACAAAUAUGUAUAAGGGCUUUUAGGAAAUCAAAAGGUAUUGAAUGUAAGAUUCAAAGUUUCUUGGCAGUGUAUUUUCAUGUUGUAUUACAAAGUCUUUUGUUAAAAAGAAACAGUUACUGUAGAAAUCAUAAUGUUGGUUAUCAAACAAGAUAGCCAAACGUAUUUGUCUGCCUUUUUUGAAGAAAUGACCACAUAGAAGUUCUUUCUGAAAAUAUUAUUUUUAAAAUAACUUAACAUGUGUGCACCAUGUUACAUUUGUAUGGAUUAUAUUACAUUUUCAUAGACUCUGCAUAAUUGUUCAUAUUAGUGAUAGUUUUUUUCAGAGACUUAGUACAUGUAUAUAGUAAGUUGUAAAUGGUAUUAUUGAAGGCAUCCAGAAUCCAAUAAAUUCUUAAUGUGGGUUAUAUGUAUAUAUCUGGUAAUAUAUUAUAUGCAUUGCAAACGGUUUAUAUAAAAAACAAAGAAAUCCGUGAUAUCAUCAAAUGAUAUGCUGAAAUAAUGACUACAAUGUACAGGCCUGUAUACUAAUAUACUAUAGGUGUUGAUUGUCAUGGGUAGUAUUUUUACUACUUCCACUGUUUUUCAUAAAAAUGAUAACUUACCAGUGAGCUAAACGGCUUGGUGAUAGUCCUAUAUCAGUUAAUGAUUACUUUCUAAUUGAUGCUAGAUUAUUUAGGAGUUUUCGCUCUUCUCAAGAUAUGUCCAUAUAGGCUUUGGAGCAACAUUUCUGAAACAGGAAUUUCAUUUGCUAAUAGUGUUGUGAUAUGUGUUAGCACUCUGCAUGAGCUGGGUAGAGGAAGCAGUGGUGGGCAGCACAAGACCUGCCUGUUAUCACCUACAUGCUUCUGUGUGGUGCAGAUGCAGGUUUCUUACAUGUACGAGUUUAUGUUUGUUUUGGCCUGUUGCAUAAAUUGCAAAUUGUAAAACAUCCUUGUACUGAUUUUAUAAACACAAGAAGGUUUCUCAUGUUUCUAGGUCUUGAGGAUGGUUAUAGAAAUUAGCAAGCCCCUUCAACCCAACCAUUUUUACUUGUGUGUCCAUUUAAUUUCCGUAAAUUACAGUGUUAUAACUAAGCUCAUAAUAAAUAAGGAUGUGUUGUUAUUGUUUCAUUUUUUCAUGAUGUAUAUAUAUGUACAUGCAAUUCAUAAUCCUUAAAGAAAUGCCCUGUUUGUAAGAAUAAUUUGUUCAGAUACAAGUUCAGGUGCAAAAGCAGGUUAUCGCCAUUCAUGCCGACGCAUUAAAAACAGUGAAUUCAUUGAAUUUUACACUUAUCGAUGUUUUUGUACGAGAAUGCUUCAUACACAGACCCCAGGGAUAAUGCAUGUAUAUCUACACUUUUAAGUUGUCAUUGAAGUACGUCUCGUAAUACAUCAAAUCUUUAAGCACGAUUUGCAUUAAGAUGAUACUGUACAUAUACAUGUUGUAAGAACAGGUUAAAAAUGCAUCUGAGGAGAAUUUCUGAAAAAAAAUUGUUUUUUAUAAAUUUUAUCAUAACUGUUAACCUAUAUCUUGAUCAAAAAUAUUAAAAGAUAUAUCUGUUUAUCUGGCAAAGGUGUGUGGGUUUUAAGGGGUUAUCCCCCCCCCCCCUCCUUUUUACCGAUAAACCUGAUCUGAAAUUGAAAUAUUCUUAUUUAAACACUGAACACUAAAACAUAAAUGGAUUACCAUAUACGUUCUUAGCAAACUUGCUAUUGUAUUAACUGGUAUCUAUGUGCUGUAACAGCCUACCCUUGCUUGAAGUGUUCACCAGUCUUUAGUUUACAGAGGUUCGGCUACUCCUUUCUCACCACAAUGGGCUGUGUUUCUUCGACCAAGAAACCUGGCACUAGCAGACCUGAUGUUCUUUUUCAAUAAAAAUUUAAAAACAAAUUUAUCAAAAGGAAAGGUAUAAUUCUCUGUGUUCGUAAUUUCUACAGAAAUCUGUAAAACUGGCUUUUUUUCUUCUUCAUUGUUGUGAAAACCAUCAAAAGGUUAUUGCUGCAUAUUAUUACGCACUUUGUUUGUUUUAUGAAAUGGCAAUGACUUAUCACACUAGAUGUGUAUAAACAACUACAUGCACUUGUAAGAUCUUGUAUUAAGCAUAUUUGUAAUUAUUAUCUCCAAUUUUUUUGUGAGUGACUAUUGAUUAGAAAUGUAAAAAUUAAAAAAUGUACCAAAUGGCGGGUUUUGUAUAUUAUCUGAUUGUCUAUUAAAGGGAAAAAAAGAAAAAGAAAAAAGUCCUUCAGCUUACUAUUCUGUUUUUGUAGUUAUUACUGACAGUCAGUGUCAUUGAUCAACUGAGCCAUUGUUCAGAUCCACAAUUCUCCCUCCCCCUCCCUGACUAACU